AUGGAGCAGCUUCACUUUAGGACAAGGGCCGAAGGAGCCGUGUUCAGCAAAUCACUGGAGACUCCACAUGUCAGGGCCGAGCCGUUUAAAGAGCUGAGGCUGGAGUCUCCCACUCGCUCUCUGCUGAUGGAGGCUCCUAAAGGGAUCCAGAUCCUGGCCGAGGCCGGAGACAUCCAGGCCAUCUGCAGGAACGAGCUGAGACUGGAGUCCAAAGACGGAGAGAUCACGCUGGACGCUCGGAGGAUCCGUCUGAUGCGGCUGCCUGAGGGGAAGGCCUCCAGCAGCUCCUCGUCCUCCGGGACCAGGCAGACCGUCUACGAGGUCUGCGUCUGCCCCAACGGGAGGCUCUUCCUGUCCCAGGCCGGCACCGGAUCCACCUGCCAGAUCAGCAACAACGUCUGCCUCUAGGACCCUGAACGCCGCUCGUACACAUAAAUACACAGAGAUCCUGCAGACGCACACACACACACACACACACACACACACACACACACACACUCGUUGGGUGUGGACGAGAGGAUCACGUGUCGCCUCUUUUGGACGGAUUCACAGCAAACACUUCAGAGACUGCCAGAGCUGCUGAUCAUGGACACACACUACAAUCACAAACACUCGGACUGAUCGCUAUGGAAACCUUUUGGAUGAAGCUGCUCACAGCUGAUAUUUUGUGCCAAUAUUUCAAUGCUAUUAAAAUAUUUUCUCCCUUACUUUUGUACUUUUCAGAGUGAAAGAACCUCUGAGGCAACAUGGGACACUUAACCCCCCCCCCACUGAGCGUCAUACACACCCCUCUAAGCUCUUUCUACUGAACAGGGGGCGGGGGCAGGACCGGGAGGGGGGGAGGAGGGUAUUUGAUUUUAAACUGAAUAACAUGAACAGAAGAAAAGUGACACAUUUCAGGUUUUAAAGAGUUUUUAAUACGAGUGAGAUCAGAGAGGGAACGUCAUCGUCAUCCCACUGACACACACACACACACACACACACACACACACACACACACACACACACACACACAAACACACACACAAACACACACAUAAACACACACAUACACACACACACACACACACACACACACACAUCGCCCGAGCCUCCUGCUGGAACCUGAGAGUAGAAACGUCGAUUUACUCGAGGAGACGCUCUGAUCUGUCCCCUUCUCCCUCGUGAGCGUCUCAGCACCAGAAUCAGUCGGGUGAUCACCAUGGCAACAGGCCUCUCCCCUUCCUUUUUUCGUCUCCUCGUCUGAGAUCCACUUUUCCUUUUCUGUUUUCACAUACUUCACAGCCACAUGACGAUGACCUGAUGUCAUAAAUUAUAUCGAAUGAGAGGACUCUCUAUGGAUGCAGUUUUAAAAAAACAGGAUAUUUAAAAUGUAAUUUAGUUGAAAUGGAAAUUGCUCGUCACAAACUGUUUGUAUUGCAUCAUUCUUAACAAAGCUAAGGGGGGUCGGUUUGUUUUAGUUUUGGGUGAAGAAAUGUCUGGGGGGGCUGGAGGUCAGAUUGUGCGGGUUGCAUCUCUACUGUCCACUUUCCUCUCUGGUGUCUUUCAUUUAUUGUAGUCACACGACUUCCUCCAGACCCUUUCAUGAUGUCAGAUUUUAAAUCCUAAAUAUCAAACAUAACACAAUACAUUUCUACAAUUCUACAAUUCUCUUAGCAGACUCUUUUAUCCAAAGCGACGUACAUCAGAGAGUAAGAACAACACAAGCAAGGAUCUAGAAAAAAGGGAACAAUGUCAGUAAGAGCAAACGAUCAGCUUUGAGUCUGAUUGGACACACAGGUGCUGACAGGAAGUGACCAGAGGCAAAGCACAACAUUGAGGGCAGUUCUUGAGAGCUCUAAUCAGUAUAGAAACCAUCUUAUAAGUCGUCGUUAUCAAACAAAAACCAUCGUCAUUACCAUCAUCAUCAUCAAUAAUAUGGAGACCAUCAUCAUUAAGUUAGUAGGUAUUCAUGAAAGAGCUGGGUCUUUAGCUUUUUCUUAAAGGUGCACUCAUCGGUUUUGAUCAGCCUCGAGUCAGGAACACCCUGAAGCCUGAUGAUCCUGCAGUCUGAGCGAGGCUGAAGUGUGUAGUUCUGUGUGUGUGUGAUCCUAAUUGAUCUAACAGCACUGCUAUUAUUGUGACCUUUUAUUCCAUGUUCUUUGAAGCUGAAGCCCCGCCCCCUUCCAACUAAAAACAUGAACAAAAACAACCUCAGUCGUUAGCCGUCUCCGUUAAACCCAAUGUCAUAAGUGUGUUCCUCGACCUCAGCGGUGAUCACCCGGCUCGUUUCUCGCUCUGAGACUUUUUCAAAACGGGAUUCAAACCCGAUGUGACCACGAGCCGCUCUGUGACCGACGGGCGCUGUGCCUUAUGUCCAAGAAGCACAUCACACACACUUUCUUUAGCAUCAGUGAGUGACAUCACAGAUUUCUCUUCACUUCCAUCCCAUCCACAAACCCCCCCUCCCCCUGUGUGUGUGUGUGUGUGUGUGUGUGUGUGUGUGUGUGCGCGUGUGUGUGUGCAUGUGUGUGAAUGCAAAGACCUUCAGCCACGCCUCCCUGCAGCGCCCCCUGCUGGCUGCACCUGACUCUGCAGAGGACGUGCAUGUUACUUUGCUUUUCAGAUAUCCUGUGUGACAACAUGUGUGUGUGUUACUGUGUUUGUUUUUUUGUGGAGUUGAACCGCACUGAGGGGGUCUGACAUCGAGCUGGAUUAUCAGAUCAGAUCAUUUCUCCAUCAUGUUCCCGCCUGGGAUCUUUAGAGUCUCAGUUUUUCUCGUCUUCGGUUGAAAUCUGGUGUCUGAAGAUCGUUUAUUUCAUGAAAGGUUCAAUAAACAUUUUUUUGGGACUGA